CUAGAUGAGAAACUUAUGUCUACAAGUUGGUUCUGUCGCACAUGAUGUAUUGCCAUUUUACAUGUGCCUGAGGGUAAAUACUGACAACCUUAAGACAAGGGAUCAUACUAAACGAGCAAAAUAAAGACAUUUCCACGUUAAGUUAACAGAUGUAUUGAAAAUGGAGGGCAUACGGAUAUCAUUUUCUGUUAUUUUUCUUAUUUCUGUAUGGACUGUAUUAACUGAUCUCAGCAAUGCUCAUCAAGGUCAAAUGAUCGUAACCAAGCAGUCAAUGGUUCAAGUACCAGAAAAUAAAGAUGAGAACAAAUGCAUGGCAUUGUUACGAAGGACCGUUAUUCGUAAAGAACUAUUGACCUACCCAUGCUUCCAUCCAGUACCAGGUGUAGUUCCAGUUGUCGCACAUCAAACUUCAAUGGGAUUAGUAUGUAGAGGAUACACUAACAGUCCUUCCACACAGUAUAUACGUUUACCUACAUGCUGUCCAGGCUCCCAACCUGAUAAAAAUGGUCAAUGUGUACGACGAAACGAUGUAACGAUGCCAGAAACUAGCCAAAUCCAACACCAAAACCAACACCAAGACCAACAACAUGGUCCAAAACGUCUAGAAGAUCUGGAGGAAUAUCCAGCAUCAUACGAAAAGAAACGUCAGCAAACAAUAAACCAAGUUCUCUCCCAGCCAAAACACUGGGCACCACAUCCAAUGAUAAUGAGACGCAUUGACGCCAUCUUAAAACAACGUCAACAUUUCCUUCGUCAAAUGCAAAAGGAUAGAACAAAUCCAACACAAAAAUCCCUGACACCAGCUUCAUUAAUGAAUGGCUUAUUCCCUGAUGGUCCACACCGACAUCUAGGUCCACAAGAGCCGAAGUCCGUUCCCGAAAUCCCACGACAAUCUGAGCAAGCCGUCAACGAUCAUCAACAUCAGAAACCUAUGCAUCAACAUCACAAUCAUCAAAUGCACCAUGAUAUGUCGCAUGCCUUCCAUUCUUCCCUCCAUAAACAUAAUAUCCCACAUGAACAUGAUCAGCAAGGUAACCCACAAAUGCAUGCAAACCAACUAAAAUCUAAUAAUGCAUUUGUUAAUCAACAAAAUAUGCAAAUGGCAGUCAAAAAUCAAAUGCAGAUGUCACGGCAGCAACAGCUUUUCCAGCUUCAACAACAACGACAACGUGCGAUGGAUAUGCGUCAACGAAUGCUUCAUCACAGACGUAUGCUGCAACAGGCCCAAGCACAAAGACAUCAACAAAUGAUGAUGCAGAAACUACAAAACGCUGCUCAGCAAGGGCACCGUCAAAUGCCAACUAUUCCACAACAACAACAACAACAACAGCCAAACCAUGACCAGAGACAAACGAUACAACCCUUUGUUAUCCGUCGUCAGUUUGUUAGUAAUAAUAAACAAUUUCCAAAUGUCCCACAGAUGCGCGCGUCUGUUAUGAUGUCUAUAAGUCCACAUGCAAUUCAACAUUUCUUCCAACAGACAUCUGUCCGCAAUUUCCCAAAAGUUCCUACUCAUCAUAGGACCAGGUUCCCUGUUCAACUUCCAAGGAUACCAGUAGAAACACCUCCAGUUAGUAUCAGACCAGGACCGAAUUCUCCAUUCAAAGUACAUUGGACUUGCCAUCACCACAGAGCUAAGCCGGAAGUAGAUACAGCUUUUAGCGUACAUCCUCCCCCAGAAUGUUUCUCUCAGUACAUGACGGUUGUAAAGAAAUGUUUCCAAGAGGCUAACAUACAGAUUCCCCUUGACCAUAAUAUGUUCAAUGUAAAUUAUAAUUACGACGGCGUUUGUCAGAAUCGUGAGAUGAUCAUCGCAUGUAUAUUCAACCAUCUUGCUCCAUGCAACUCACCCCAAGAACAACAUCUAGUUAAAGCUACAAUUGGACAUACUGUGGAUGAGAUGAACAGAUUCUGUCAAAUUGGACAAAUAAAUGGAAUAGAAGAGAGAAUGGGUGGAAGAGAUGAUCGUAUUCCAAUGGAUCCUGAUCAUUUAGAACAAUCAAUGGACAACCUUGGUCCAGUCCCAGAACCUGUUCAGGAAGUUCCCAUUAUACCAGAGGACCAACAUGCUAUUUCACUGGGACAGCAUACUCUUAAUCUUGAUGCACACAAAGAACAACAAGCACAUAUUGAUGAGUACCAUGGUUCUCUACCGGAAGCACCAGUACCAGAGACUUUGAUAGAAAAACAGUCAGAUGUUACUAUUUCCGAACAUAAAGACAGUCAAAAUGUUAUAGGAGGGGCCCAUGCACAUAUCCAUGACGAUGAUAAGGACCGAGAACAUGAUGUUCACAUGAUGGAAUUACAAGAAGAACAAUAUUACUUGCCGAUACUGAUAGGCACUGCUAUAGGAGUGGCGGGAAUCUUCGUUCUUCUUUUGGCCAUCUUUUGUAUCUGUUACAGAAGACGUCUACAAAAGAAGGUAUAUUUACAAAAAGAAACUGAGAAACCAAAACUUUUUGACGUUUAUACAAUUGGUGUUCCACCACCAGUGUACGAAGUAAAUGGAAUCCCUCCAAUUUCUUACGAAGAGGCCAAAGGAGAAAAAUUUACUGGCAGUCCAGCUUCAGUUAGACGUAACAAUGCCGAAAACGAAUAUCAACAACCGGAAACAGGAAAGAAACCUGGUGUCGUAACAGACAUUUGAAUACGAUUACGAAAACAUUUUCAACUUGAUACAAUUUUGACCGCUACAAAUGGGUCUUGUCAAUAAGCUUGAUAUUUUAUAGGACAUUUAGUGACAAUAAAAUAAAUGACAAUUA